UUUGCAUAUUGUUAUGUGUUUUCUUCACGGCUGUUGGAGCAAGCCAAAAUUGGUGUACAUAAUCAAAGUGCAGUAAUGAUCAUGGCCUGGCUAUCCAUUUCCCAUUCCUCCUCGGAAAUCAUUGUGGCAAUUCCGGGCUUGGAUGCAAUAAUGGUAGACAGGAGGCUGUUCUUGAGCAGCAAGUAGCGCUAGUAAAAUUCUUUGUCAAAAGCAUAGAUUACAAGCGUGGGCUAAUAUAUAGCCAAGAUUUCUGCCUGCUGUUAAAGCCCUUAGAAACCCCUAACAUUCCAAUCUCCCCCUUCUACUUAUUAGACACCGAAAUACAUAACGUUUCCUUAUUCCAUUGUCCUACUCCUUUUGAAAGAGACAUAUAUAAAUAUCAAGUCCCCUGCCUUGGCGGCGGCCCUGGCUACGAAGUUUAUGGCGUUUCUUCUGACUAUGAUUUGUUUGACUACUUACCAAACCUACAGUCUUGUACACGGAUGUAUGAUGUUUUAUCAGUUCCAUUUGGGACUUGGAUGGGAGAUGGUACCUCUAUUGCUAGUUUCAAAUGGUCUGAACCAAAUUGUACAGAAUGUGAAGCAGAGGGAAAGAGGUGUAGAUUGAACAACAAUGGCAUCAAAAGUGAAGUUGAAUGUGUUCACGUGAGCAAAGCAAGCCAAACAACGAAAUUUGUGGCAACAGGUGCAACCCUGGGUUCAUCCCUUCUUUUAGUACUGUUCAUUGCAGUGUAUCGUGUCUAUAGCGCUGAUCAAAAGGAAAAAGAGAAUCAACUGAAAAUCAAAAGGUUUUUAGAGGAUUACAAAGCUCUCAAGCCAAGCAGAUAUUCAUACGCAGAUAUUAAGAGGAUCACAAAUCAAUUCAAGGACAAGUUGGGCGAAGGAGCCUACGGAACUGUUUUUAAAGGAAAGCUUUCUUCUGAAUUCUUUGUUGCUGUGAAAGUACUUAACAAUUCUAUGGGAAAUGGGGAAGAGUUCGUAAAUGAAGUGGGAACGAUGGGCCACAUCCACCACGUCAACGUAGUUCGUUUGGUUGGCUUUUGUGCCGAUGGAUUUAGACGAGCUCUUGUUUAUGAGUUCUUCCCCAAUGGUUCGCUGCAGGAUUUCAUUUCAUCAGCGGAUAGUAAGCACAGUUUCCUUGGUUGGGAAAAGUUGCAUGAUAUUGCUGUAGGCAUAGCCAAAGGAAUUGAAUAUCUUCACCAGGGAUGUGAUCAACGAAUCCUCCAUUUUGAUAUCAAACCCCAUAAUGUUUUGCUAGACCACAACUUCACUCCAAAAAUUUCUGAUUUUGGUUUGGCCAAAUUAUGUUCCAAGGAUCAAAGUAUAGUGUCAAUGACUACAGCUAGAGGCACCAUGGGAUACAUUGCACCUGAAGUGUUCUCUAGGAAUUUUGGAAUUGUGUCUUACAAGUCAGAUGUCUAUAGUUUUGGAAUGUUGUUGCUAGAGAUGGUAGGAGGAAGGAAGAAUAUUGGUUCAAGCACAAAGAACACAGAUGAAAUUUACUACCCAGAAUGGAUCUAUAAUCUUCUAGAAGGAGGAGAUGACCUACGAAUCCAUAUUGGAGAUAACGGAGAUGGUAAAAUCCCGAAGACACUUGCAAUAGUAGGGCUCUGGUGCAUCCAGUGGCACCCGGUGGAUCGUCCGUCUAUGCAAAUAGUGGUUCAUAUGUUAGAAGGAGGAGAUAACUUGGUCAUGCCUCCUAAUCCUUUUGUCUCUGCAGGUCCUACAACAACACAUGCAAGCAUCCCAGCAAGACGCUUAGAGUUACCAGCAAUUCCUGAAUUAGAGUAAAAUGUACAAGUAUAUGUUUACGCACCAAUGUAAGUAAUAUUAAGGCUGCCUAAUAUUAACUACAUAUGUAAUAAUUCUAGCCUAAAUUGAGGGAGUUGGAUAUUAGAUACUUUAUUCAAGAGACAUAAGUUAUUUUUUGUUAUUGUUGAAAAUUUGGGAAUCCUAUCCUUUGUAAAUCAGUUGGUAACAAAAAGUUAUUAUAGAAA